AUAAACACAUUUUUCCAUGUCAACAGAAAAUCUCCAUUUGUUCGCAUGAAGGAAUGUGAAUUGUGUGUUAAAAACUAGUGACUUUUUAGUGAAUUCGUAACAUUGUAAGCAUGCCACUUAGAUGUUGUGUGGACGGUUGCCGGGCUUUUCGUGGUCGUGACAAAUUGAGUUUCCACCGAUUUCCUGCUAAGCGAACCGCGAGCGAUGCUGUGCGAUGCCAAUUGUGGGCUGAAGCAGUUGGUGCGGUUGGGAAACGGCUGGAUAAACUUUUCGUAUGCGGUCAACAUUUCGAUACAGGUAACACAUUUUAAAAUCAACUAUAUCGUUUGCUUCCAAACUAUAUUUAUAUUUUGUUUGAUUUCGAAGGAAAACCAGCUUCACCGGGUGAAUUGAACAAAUCCAACUGGAUACCUACGCUUAAGCUGUGUUUAGAUAAAGCUGCAAAAAAUCGUAAGUCUUUUUUUAUCAUAUGUAUGUAAAACAGAAAUAAGUUUCAUUUCAAUAUUCAGAGAUAGAUAAUUCAAGAGAAAAUUCGAGAAUAGUCACUGGAGAAAUACCGAACCGAAGUCAAAGUACAACUGAUCACAAUAACUUCAUAGGUAUGUAUUUUAAUGCCAUUUUCAACAACUAUUUAUCAAAUCUCGUUACAGAUCCCAUUUUUGAAGAAAAUGAAAUAAUUGUGGAUGAAUCGUAUUUGUUGGAAUCUGAUACUCGGACAGAUUGGAUAGAACCUGAUCCUUUUAAUACCUUUAUAAUGUACGAGGAGCCUGAUGGUUAUCACGAGUCAAUUAUGGAUGAACUUGAUACAGGAGAACCAAUCAUAUUCGAGUCUGAAGUAUAUGAUAACAGUGUUCAGUAUGACAACGAUAAUAUAUCAGUUGACUGUGAAACAAUCAUGGAUAAACUGAGGACAGAUGAGUUAAUCCUUUUUGAACCAGAAAUAGAUGAUGCCAGUUUCCAGUUUGAAAAUACCAGUGUCGAUUGGUCCAUGCUUGAUGAAGAUCUCUUGUCGGAACACAACAACAAUGAUGAACUUGUAUAUGCUGAUAUAUCUCCAACUGUAAUCUCACCUGAUGAUCAUUGUGAAGCAAAUAGCAAUGUGACUAGUGCAAUACCUACACGUGCUGAAUCUUCUCCUAACUCAAGUACAAACGAUAUGAUCAAACAUUAUGAAGAUAAAUUAAAAGAAAAAGAUGAAGAGAUUGCGGAAUUGAAGGAAGUAAUUUCAAAGCAGAAAAAAAUUUUGAAGUCCUUCAAAUAUGAUGUGAAGUCAUUUGAAGGUCGAGAUACGCAGGUCAAGCAUCUCACUGGAUUGCCAACGUAUUCCACUUUAAAGACGGUUUACAACUUCGUCGAGAAAGGAAUUGUUUCCUAUUCGGACACCAUUUCGAAAGAACAAGCAUUUGUCAUGGUGCUUAUGUUUUUGAGACUUGGAUUGUGCUUUAAAACUCUGGCUCAUUUGUAUCAAGUUAGUCCUACGACAAUAACGAAAUAUUUUUAUUCGACCCUCUAUUCGUUAUACGUGCAGCUCGGAGGGCUCCUUAAAUGGCCUGAAAAGGAAGUAUUGGAAAGUAAUAUGCCAGAAAAAUACCGAAAUGUAUUUGAAGAUCCGAUCACAGUAAUAUUGGACUGCUUUGAAGUUUUCACCGAAAAGCCAGGAGUAAAGGACGCCAUUAUUAAAAUGUACAGCUCAUACAAGCAUCAUUAUACAUUCAAGGAAUUAGUAGGAAUUACACCAUUCGGCUCCAUAUCAUACGCAUCAAGACCGUACACAGGAAGGACGUCGGAUAAACAUAUCACAGAACAAUCAGGAUUCAUGAAUUACAUCAAAGCUGGGGACGUUGUACUGGCUGACCGGGGCUUCACUGUAAGAAAAGCUGUCCAGGAUAGAGGUGCCCUGUUGAAAGUGCCUGAUUCAGCAUCAAAAAGUAAGCAAAUGAGCUCAUCGUCCGUCGAAAGAACCCGUGCACUGGCGUCUGUCAGGAAUGAAGUGGAAAGGGCCAUUGGAAGUUUGAGGCAAAAAAGCGAAGUACUUAGCAAAAGGGUACCGAUAACGGUCAUGAAUCACGAACACAAUGGACAAAACGUACUGAACAUGAUUAUUGUUGUUUGUUGUGCUAUUUUUAAUCUAUGUCCAGCAAUAAUUAGAUAAAAAGUGAU